AUGGUGAGCAUGAUGAACACUCUGGAGCAGGGGAGCCUCCCAAACACUUGUCAGUACAUAGCGAAGUCGAAUAGAGGAGACUACCUUGUUCAAAUAUCUUGGCCAUUGAGUUGGAGCGUGGACAGAAUACCUGCAACAGACGACACGCCGGUGUCAUACGUCUAUCUUGUCGAUGGCAACGCAUAUUUCUUCACCGCCGCUGACAUUGCCCGCCGGCUAGACUUUACUAAUAACGCGAAAACCAUUGUGGUUGGCGUAGGGUAUCCGCCGCCCUACCCAUAUGUUUACGAUUUGCAGCGUCGUGGACCUGAUCUCACACCUCCAUCUGUGGAUGGACAAUAUCAGCCAUUGUUAAACAGCAAGGGGGAGGCGAUACCAGGUCUCACAUGGGGAGAGGCAGAUCAGUUUCUGGAUAUCAUUCAAACGGAUGUUAUGAGCUUUGUUGAAGAGAAACUAUUUGCGCAUGUAUCGUCGUCCGACGUCUCCAUUCGGAAAGCACUCUUUGGCCAUUCUUAUGGUGGACUCUUCUCGCUUAAUUCAUUGUACACGAAGCCAGCGCUCUUUGACACGAUUAUCGCUGCGAGCCCAACGGUAUGGUGGAAUGACUUUUCCAUAGUCAACUACCAAGAGAAACAGUUUCGUGGACGACCUCCGGUGGCUGAAGGUGGUCAAAAACCAUCAUUAAUCCUAACUUGGGGAUCAAGCGAAACAGAAUUCCCAGCCAAGGAGAAUUCUCGAGAUGCACUGCAUAAAGGAAAUUGUGAUCCGGAAGAGGAAGAGAUGGAAGACAGCAUGGCCGGAUUGAUCUCGCGUCUUGAGGCUUGUGGACAUUUGCAUACGAUAUUGACGUGGAAGUUCCCUGGUGAGGACCACGGUAGUGCUGCAGUUACAGGCCUUCAGCGCAGCCUCUUUCAGUUUCUGUUGGGUUAA